GUCAACCAUUUCAAGUAAGUGUCAGUUCGGGUGUGGCUUGUCGUUUUGACAAAAGCAAAACAUGAAACUUUGAAUUGAAUUCAUAACAAAAAUAUUAUAACAAGUGCCUUUAUUUCUCCGGACACAUUAGUAAAACAACAAUAUGCUCCGACACUGCAAGCUUAGCAUUGUUAUCGUUCUUCUUUCAGUCAUAAAUGUCUUAAGUUUGGAGUGUUAUGUCUGCGAGAAUCAAGAGGACAACAAUGAAAAAUGUGUCAAAACUAUAAGAAACUGUGAAUAUAACCAGGAUGUAUGCUUGACUGAGAUCAAAUGGGGAAGUACACCUUAUUGGUCCCAAGGAGCUAAGAAACAGUACUAUGUAUCUAAAAGGUGUUCAAAUAAAACGGAAUGCGCUACUACAAGACAGAGAUACAUGUCACUUUGUACACAUAUUUGGUACCAAGAUUGGGUGUGUUCGGAUUGUUGCCUUGGAGACAGAUGCAACUAUUAUAUUAUAAUAUGCCAUAGUUUUUACAACCCUACCGAUAGCGGUGCUGUGCAAAUUACUCAGAGUAAUUUGGAUAUGGUUUUAGCUUCCAAUGAAAUUGUUUUCAUAAAUUUUUAUGCCGAAUGGUGCAAAUUCAGUAAUAUGCUGAUGCCAAUAUUUGAUGAGGCAGCCGAUGAGGUGUCAAAGGCCGGCUACGACUCUGGAAAGGUUGUUAUGGGCAAAGUGGAUUGUGAUAAAGAGGGAGCUAUAGCAACAAGAUUCCAUAUAACCAAAUAUCCAACACUAAAAAUGUUCCGGAAUGGUAUGCCAGCUAAAAAAGAAUACAGAGGUCAAAGAUCAGCAGAAGCGUUUGCGGAGUUCAUCAAGAAGCAGCUUACAGACCCUGUAGUGACAUUUGGUUCACUCAAAGAGUUACAUGACCUGAGUGAGGAGAAGAGACAUAUUAUUGGAUACAUGGACAGGAGAGACCAGCCAGAGUAUGAGACAUUCAGGAAGGUGGCUGCUAAUCUUAAGGAUGAAUGUCUAUUUCAUGUUGGAUUUGGUGAUGCUUCACAACAGAUGCAUCCACCAGGUCAACCAAUAGUAGUGUUCAGAACAGACAGGAAAACAUCAACAGAGCCUGAUGAGACAUACCCUGGUUCCCUAUUAAACUUUGAUGACUUAUACAAAUGGGUACAGGAGAAAUGCAUACCGUUAGUCCGAGAGAUCACCUUUGAGAAUGCAGAGGAACUUACCGAAGAAGGAUUGCCAUUCCUUAUUCUAUUCCAUCUACCAUCAGACACGGAAAGUGUGAAGAGGUAUAAAGAAAUCAUCAUGACUGAAUUGGAGGGCGAGAAACAAAAUGUAAACUUCUUGACUGCCGAUGGCCAACGUUUUGAGCACCCUCUACAUCAUCUUGGCAAGUCAAUCUCGGACCUGCCCCUCAUCGCCAUCGACUCCUUCCGCCAUAUGUACAUGUUCCCAGACUACAAAGACAUGGAGAAACCUGGAAAACUGAAGCAGUUCCUUCUAGACCUUUACUCAGGAAAAUUGCACAGAGAGUUCCACUACGGCCCUGACCCAGACCAGCCUCAGAUCAACUUUGAAGUGAAGGUGACCACCCCUCCGGAGUCUACGUUCAAGAAACUCGCGCCCUCUAAGAACAGAUACACCCUUCUUAGAGACGAGUUAUAAGGUUACAGCACCUAGGUCAUUAAAUAUAGUAAUAAGUCACUUACUAAAAAAAACUACCUUAUUGUAUAAAAAUCGUUUUAUCUCGUUUUUUAUUUGGAAUAUUUGUCUUUUUCGUUAUUAAUCUCGGAUUGUUGCCGAAUUAUUUUCUUUCACUUGGUUGCAUUUGCGAACAAAACCACUUGUUUGAUUCCUUCAACUAUUUAUUGCUAACGCUUAUCGGCUGUUUCUCUAAUCGUGUACAUUUGUAAGCAUUACAGAAUGUAAUGAAUGUAUUAUGAUUAGAAUGCUGUUUCUAAGUGUUGCAUUUCUGUCCACAAUAUUUAUUUAUGAAAAUAGUGAAUAACCCGUUUCUUUGAGCCCGUAGUGUUUCUAAUUAGUGUACGUAGUUAUUUUGUAUUUUAAGUUAUGAGUUUUGGAUGUAUCGCCUUCACGACAAGCAAUCAAUUUCCUGAUAUUUCUAACCCUCUUUUCUCAUUCCGAGUUUCCUUCAAAUAUUGUAGCGUGUAUGCGAGUAUGUACGAACGAGAGUGCUUUUACGGUAGAUUUAUUUAUGCAAAUAAUAUUGUAUUAACUUAUGAAUAGUGGAGAAUGUCGAUUGUCUUCCACAUAGAACCGUCAAUACAUCAAAUAUUUUUAAAUCAGAAGAUGCAUUUUGUUAAUAAUAAAGUUUUCUAUAUCUUCAUAAAAUCGUAAAUUGUUGAAUUUGAACUAAUUUAUUACACCGAAACAUAGAUGUUGAAUGAUAUUAAUUAAAUUUUGUUUAGGUAAUCUUUAUGUAUUAAUUUACCCUCACUUUAUGUAUAUGAGUAUGAGUAUAUUAUUCUGAUAUUAUGAAGUCUUUUUGUCUACUAUUUAUUGAUUAUAUUUGAUUGUCUACGUUACUUGACCCAUAGGCUACAGAAAACAUGUUUAGUAUUGGACAGAAACAGCGUUUCGAACAUGCGCAAACAUGGACUAUCCUUAUUGAAAAUAUAAACACUGUUUUUUGAACAGAACAGAUAAGGCAAUCAUAAUUUAUUUUUACACACUGAUUCCAUGAGAGCACUGACUAAUUCGCCCGUACUUGAGAACAACUCACUACGAUAUCAUUCUGUUUGACAGUAAGACGUCUUGUUGUAAAUUUUCAGUUUCGUAAAAACGGGGGUAAUUACAAAGCAACUGAUCGGCUUUGUAAUUAGUUGAGAACCAAUCAUAACACUUUAUCUGUGAUUGGACAGACUGUCAUUGUUUGCGCAAUAUGCGUUUGAUAAACUACUAAAUUCUACAUGAAACGUUUCUGUGGUCUAAAAGAACUCAAUUUUUAGAAUUCGAUGGGUGAUAUUUACAACAUUGCACAUAUUUUCGGUAGCCAACGUCCAUAAGAAUCUAUUCGGUGAGAACUCCACAACGAGAUAAAACAUUCCUCGAUCUAAACUGAAUAGUCAUUAUUUACUGUAUUGUAUAAUUAUUAUAAUGUGAAAUGGUUGUACAAAUGUAUGUUUUGUGACGUGUGUUGUAAUAAAUUUUUUCGAGCCGAA